CUUCUUCCUCUCUUUUCCUCCCAUUCUCUACUUCUGCUCUUCUACUCUCUUAUCCUCUUAUUUGAUUCAUUCCCAUCUUUGGUGACUGUGUAAAUACAUAUACUCCAUACUCGCACCUGUCUACUUCAAGCUUACCCUACCUGUCUUGUUUACUGUAUACUUGGCGCUGCCUUAUCCGAUAACCCUACAUACCUUAACCAUCUCGGUGAAUCUCUUAUAUCGCCUGCCAUCCUCAUCCAUCACCCCACAAGGAAGCUAUCAGCUAUCUCCAACAAUUCACAAUGGCAGCUCCUCGCUCAAGUUCCCUGCGUGCUCUUCGUCUGCUCUCGCAGCACCACUCUACUACUCUCCCCUGCGCUCGCCGGGGCCUGCACAUCACCGGCGUCCACUCGGCGCAACCGGCCAACGUCUCAGACCGAGCCUCUCUGUACUCCAGCCGCACCAUUGCUGAUCUCAAGAAUGAGUGCCAGAAGCGCUCCUUGAGGAGCAGCGGUACGCAAGCCGAGCUUGUCGAGCGUCUCCAGAACCAUGACUUCCUCCAAUCCCGCGCCUUCAGCAUCGCCAUGCGCCGUAUCAGCGGCAAUUCCAUUGCAGAGCAAACCCACAGCCGUCAAUUCAACACCUCUCGGUCCAUGAAGGCCGUGGGUGACUCAUCCACCGUCGACUUCGCCUACAUGCCCUCACUGGCGGAGCUCGAUGGCCCGGCCGCUCGCGCCGAUCCGCAAUUCCCGAUUGUCCCCGACUUCUACUCCCACCAGAGCGCGGCCGCGACGGAUUCCCCCAUGAAGCCCCAGAUCUACACCGUCUCCGGUGGGGCGGCCGAUGUCUCCGCCAGUCCGAUGACGGAGGUCGUCGACAACCACUCGGUGGACAUCGACCCCUUCUCGCUGACUGAGGCGGUGGGUAAGUCCCGUUCCGGGGCGGAGUCGACCCAACAGAAGGAGCCUGGUGUGUUCCGCGAGCUGUGGACGGGGGUGGUGGAUGACAUCUUAGGUAGACAGCCGGCUGUUGUCAGAAAGUGAUGCGUCCCACCCGGGUGAUCGAUUUAUCCCAUUUUCAGAAUGUCUUGAUUGUCUCUAGCGAUGCGUGAUGUCUAUUGUGUUAUCCUUUUCUUAUAGUCAUAGUGUUAUCACCAGGUUAAGCUGAAAGUGUUAAAAAUGACAGAUCUAUACCUAAGCAUUGAAUUGAUCUGUAUGUGUAUACCCCACAACACUCUCUUAGAAGAAUGAUGUAGAACAUCAAUCAAACAAUCCAUCCAUCAUCCAGCCCACGCGACACAUAACAGACCAGUAUUUCACGUACGCAUGAUCAUAGACACAUACAUAGUAAAAAGCUCCGAUUAACCGAGCCAAAUCCUUCUCGAAGGGCCACCAAGUCAACUAGUUACCCCAGAGAAAUUGAGUCAGCGGCCGCCGGGGAAGUACCACCCAAGUCCGAC